AUGACUGCACAAGGAGGUGAAGCUAAGGGUAAUUAUAAACUGGACAAUCUUGAGUUAGAAUACGAGACCAUUGAGAAUGACGCCCUUGCGAGUGAAGUAUCAAGGAUGUAUUCAACAGGCCGCUCACUGUCCUACAAACACGUUACACUUAUGCGUACAAGUAAUUGGGACAAAGAUCUUACCAUUGUCAAUGAAAACAUUAAUAUCCCCAGAAAGAGCAUGUCGGCAAUUGUCCUUCUAUUUACCAGUAGAGUAAGAACUGAUUCUGAAGAAUAUAUUUACCCAAACAUUGAUAAAGUGAACCUGACCAUUGAGGGUGUGCCCAAUGCAGUUUUCUCCCAAGGCCUUCCUAAAAGUAGGUUCUUUGAAGAGGCAAAAAGAUUCUUCUGCCCUAUGUGUGAGAAAUCCAUGGCAGAUGAGUUUAUGUCCAUCAGCAAGUUCUUCACCAAUGGUUUUGCUCUAGUAAUCGACCUAAGGUCAACACAAGAUGAUACCACUGGUGGAGGUAAGAAGAUUGUUAACACACAGUCGGGAGUACUCCUGGAAAUCAAAAAGAGAGCCACAACAGCUGACGUUCAAUGCAACAUUUUUGUUGUAUCAGAUGCUCUCCUUAACUUUGCCAAUAGAGAUCUAUCAAGUAUUCAAUACUAA